AUGUAUAAAGGAUCGAAUUCACAUACACCUUCCCUAUCUAUCUAUCUAUCUAUCUAUCUAGCUAAAUAUUUUUCUUCCCUCAGUCUACUCUCCAUGGUCAAAGUUUGUCUUAUUAGUAAUAUUUUUAUCAGCGUCAAAGGCUGUUUCCUCGCCUUCCUUUCUUUCUCUUCCUUUUUUCUUCUUUCCUUCUUUUCUUUCCCCUUCAUUCUAAAAAGUCAUCAUAGCACAUAUCCUCCUCUUUUCCUCUCGCUACUUUUUCUCUAUAUUGUAUACUAUCAACUACCUGCCAUAAAAUCUAUCUAUCUAUCUAUCUAUCUAUCUAUCUAUCUAUCAUUCAUCUAUCUAUCUAUCAGUUUGUUUCUUUCUUUCUGUCUAAAUAUCUAUCUUUUCUAUCUAUCUAUCUAUCUAUCUAUCUAUCUAUCUAUCUAUCUAUCUAUUCAUAUCUAUCUAUCUAUCUAUCUUUUCUAUCUAUCUAUCUAUCUAUCUAUCUAUCUAUCUAUCUAUCUAUCUAUCUAUCUAUCUAUCUAUCAGUUUGUUUCUUUCUUUCUGUCUAAAUAUCUAUCUGUCAGUUUGUUGCUUUCUUUCUAUCUAAGCCAGUUUCUAUCUAUCUAUCUAUCUAUCUAUCUAUCUAUCUAUCUAUCUAUCUAUCUAUCUAUCUGUUUGUUUGUUUGCAUCUUUCUUUCUAAGUCAGUUUCUCUCUAUUCAUCUAUCUAUCUAUCUAUCUAUCUAUUCAUUAUCUAUCUAUCUAUCGAUCGAUCAGUCUGUUUCUUUCUUUCUUUCUUUCUUUCUUUCUUUCUAAGUCAGUCUAUCUAUCUAUCUAUCUAUCUAUCUAUCUAUCUAUCUAUCUAUCUGUUUCUUUCUUUCUGUCUAUAUAUCUAUCAGUCUGUUUCUUUCUUUCUUUCUUUCUUUCUUUCUUUCUUUCUUUCUUUCUUUCUUUCUAUCUAA